GUGAUCACAGUCAGCGCAGUCAGACGCAAACUUGUGACUGAGGCGGCAGCAGUCGGAGAUCAGCCUCUUACUGUGACAUUAAAUAAAAAAAGGAUCAGAUCUACUGAACAGCUCUCCUUCUACCUUCCCAGCUCAGUCUGUCAACAUGGACUGCGGUAUCUGCACUUCUAAGUCAAUCCUGCUCUUCCUCAGCCUGGUCUUCUGGGCUGCCGGAGCAGUUUUGGCCUAUAUUGGUGCCUCUAUGAUUCAGAGCUAUAGCACCUUUGAAAGUUUCAUCCAGGACAAGCAGACUUUGAUCCCAGCCGCCAUUGUCAUUGGCAUCAGUGUGGUGAUGCUCAUUUUCGGCCUGGUGGGAUGCUGUGCCACGCUCAAAGAAUCCAAAUUUGGCCUUGGCUGUUUCUUCCUGAUCAUCAUGCUAGUCUUUGCAGCUGAAGUAGUUGCUUUGGUGUUUACCUUCAUCUAUCAGGGCAAAAUAAAUCCAAAUCUGGAGCGCUCGAUGAAUGAUGUCUUUGCAAAGUAUGAUGGGAAAAACACUGAAAGCCAAGCUGUGGAUCUGCUGCAGCAGAAUUUGAAGUGCUGUGGAGUUGCCAACUACACCAGCUGGUUAAACACCACCUGGUUCCGCGAAAAUAAUACCAUACCUCAUUCUUGUUGUAUAAACGCAACUCAGUGUGCCGGCACCCCACAACCACCUAACCUGCUUUACUCAGAGGGAUGUGAGAAAAAACUGGAGACGUUCCUGCAGCACGCGUUGACUUACGGCAUGCUGGUUGUGCUCGGGUUUGCCGUCAUCAAGUUCUUUGGGAUGCUGAGCGUCUGUGUGAUAACCUGUCGAGGCAGCAGCCGAAGGAGCGGCUACCAGCCUCUUUACGCCUAAAAACAAUUCCUGGAAGUGCCUCCUCCUUUCCCCUCUGAUGGGUUUGCUGACUGUCUACCCUGCACUGUAAACAACAACCAGUUCUUUCUACAAAUCUAAAGUUUAUCUGAAAGAAAAGGAACCGGGAAUCUUACUACAUAUAUUACAGCAUGCCUCCUCAGACUGUAAACAAAAUAAAUUGAACUCCUCCAUCUCCAUCUAGGUUUAUGGUUGUGUUGAAUGUGGAUACAUCUGUCAGUUCAGUUUAAGAUAAAGCAGUUUGUUUUCUUUAUCUUUUUUAAUGACAUGAAUGGAUACAAAUCAAGAAAUAAACUAAUUUCAAAUGUGUAAAGUGUUUGCUUAGACUGUUUGUAUGCUGAAAGCCUUAAUUGCUUUAUGCAGACUCUGUAUGUAAUGUAACAAACUUUAGGACAUUGGGGCCUCUUUUUCUGCUUAUCUUUGAACCUUCUCGCUCUGCUGCAUCAUGUAGAUAAACUUUCAAAGGACAUUAUUCUCCUUAUGUACCUUAGCGAAUGACGUCAUACCUUGUAGGUUGUUUGUGAUAGUUAAGCAAAUGCUUUAAUGCCCUAUCUCUGCAUUAAAGCAUUUGCUUCAGUAAACUGAAUAAAGGAAGAAAAAUCUAUUUCUCUGGUCAGUUAUCUGUAUUGAGAACAUUUCUAUUGGUGAUUUGACUUUUAUGUUUAUUAUAUUUCUAAAUUA